AUGAGAAACGAAUCGAUAUAUGAAUCACCAAUCCUAAUUGCUACAUCUGCUUGUCAUUGUCUUGCUCAUGUUGAUGGUGAAGUUGCUACAGCUCGUGCUGCAACUGAAACCCAAUGUAUUUUUACUGACAAUUGGACGUUUUCAAAUAUGCCAGAAGAAAAAGUUCUACAAACAUUCGAACAAAUAGUUCCACAAGCUGAUAAAAAAGGAUAUCGAGCAAUUGUUAUUACAUGUGAUCAACCACAUGAACGUAUUCGAGAUUUUGUAUUACCAUUAUUUGAAGAAGCAUAA